AUGCGCGGCUUUCCAGAAGCCAUGAUGUUCGUUAAGAGCGUUGCGAGAGCGACGCGACAGCGAUUUAUCAUAUUGGUCGCCGCGGAUAUACUCCUUUGCAUGAUGAUGCCAAUAGCACCAAGGGGUAUUGAUACUCAGACGCUGCAGCUGCGAAGAGCCUUGGAGAUUGUGGAUGAUCGAAACGACAUGACCUCACGGGCUCUUAUGCCCGUAAUAGAUGGCCGCUACUCUAAUAUCACGGGCGAAUAUGAAUAUUAUCAUGAAAACGAUGGCGAUGACUAUGGCUGUAUGGGCAGCUCAGAUGGUAUCAGUUGUGGAAAAAUCGCAAUAAUUGGGGCCAGUAUUGGUCUUGGAUUGAUAGCCAUUACCAUCUGCUUGACAUGGAAAGCAUGUAUCGAGUGUUGUACAAGGUCCAGUCGACGUUCACGCCAUCGAGCCUACAUCGAACGACCAAAUUGCGGCUGGAAGUGCGAAGUCUGUCGCCACACCAAUGAGAUUUCCAGCUCUGAGUGUGUAUUAUGCGGCACUUCGCCAGAGGCCCAAAGUAAUAAUGCAUCGGUCGUUGUCGCCUCCCACGUUGAGGGUGGUACUCACUCGGCUCCAGACUACCUCCUUUUGUCAUCUCCCCGCUCUGACUCUGGUCAUAGUGUGAAACGUUCUGACAGCAGUAGUUUGACUGAUCGCCAGCUCGUUGCACGCGAUCGGCAUAAGUGGAAACGCUGCAUUGCAGGACCGAACGUGCGUUGGGUUAAAAUUCCUUUUGAAGCUCUACAGGAUAAUAAAGCUUUGUGUAGCACCAUUACCAACGAGCGUGACUACCAGGAGUGGCAAAAGCAACAAACUGUUCACUUAAAACCUGCGCCUUCAAUGGGUUCUGUACGCGGCAGACGACGGCCCCUCACGCCGCUUAAUCUUGACACUGCAUUCGUACGAGAUGAUUCAGGAUCUGACAGUCAAGUUGUCGUGUGGCGCUUGGCCGACGAGUAUUCGGCAUCAUCCCGCAAGUAUUCAAAAACAAUUAUGCGGGCGUCGACUCUGUCAUUCUUGGAAAAAACACAAUGGUUUUAUCAGUAUUCGCUCAAGUUGUGUCCAUCGAUUGUGGAUGGACAUCACACAAUUCGUAUUCAUCGUGACAGAGUUAUAGAGCAGUCCAUGGCUCUGUUUAUGUCAACACCGAUUGGAACUCUCCAUCGUCGCCUUCGAGUUGACUUUAUGGGUGAGGCUGGCGUUGACGGAGGUGGUUUGUUGCGAGAGUGGCUUCAUUUGGUGUGUAACGAGCUGUUUUCCGAGACUCAGGGGCUAUUUACUCUCACAAGCUCCUCAGCUCAUCAAGGAUAUUGGAUACUUCGGGCCUCAAAGGAAGAUGUGACCAAGCAAUUAAAGAUGUAUAUUUUCCUUGGAAAACUUCUCGGAAAAGCGUUGCUGGAAGGUCUCCUCCUGAAUGUGCGGCUUUCCAUUCCCCUUUUGAAGCACAUUCUUGGUGUUCCAUUGACUUUCUAUGACCUGUACCUUCUCGAUGAAACGGUGUACUUCAGCAUGCGGUGGAUUCUUGAAAACAAUAAGUCCAGUACCUUGGGUCUGAAUUUUACAGUUGAAGGUGUCGAGCUUGUACCAUGCGGGUCUAACGUUUUUUUGCACGAAGGAAACAAACAACUUUACGUUGCAAAAGUGGCGCAGUAUUAUCUGUUCGAUAGUGUCCAAGCUGAACUGUCGAGUAUCAUCGAGGGUUUGAACAGCGUCAUCAAUGAUCCAGUUCUCCACGUUUUUGACUACAAAGAGUUCGACUUACUGCUUUCCGGAUUACCUCACAUCGAUAUUAGCGAUUGGAAGCAGUACACUGAGGUCCGAUUCCUUGAAGAAAGUUCUCAUGAGUUUGAAGUAAUUACGUGGUUUUGGGAAAUCGUUGAAUCUUUUUCCCACGACCAAUGCAGUCGGCUUCUACAGUAUGUAACUGGCUCCAGAGGUAUCCCUGUUGAGGGAUUUAAGGGUCUAACCGGAACGGAUGGCGAGAUUCAGUUAUUCACUAUUCAGCUUGGGAAGAAUGUUGAGACCACAUACACGAUAUUACCACACGCAAGCACAUGUGCUAACCGACUUGAUUUACCUUUGUAUUCAUCAAAAGCCGAACUCGAGCGCAUAUUGACGAUGGUCGUCGAAAUGGACGUCACAGGCUUUAACAGUCGCUGA